AUGAAGCUGCAGAAGCUAUUGCUGCGCUGGGCCCCACCUGGCCUGGGUUUGCAGAUCCUUCAAGAUGAUGGCACAGAAUCCGUCAUGCACAAGGAGCUGCCAGGAAAGGAGGAAGUUACGUGUGCUGAGCAAGUGCAAGCAAUGGCCAAGAACCUUAGUGUGGAGCACCCUGAACUUCUUGCCAAGAAGCGGAAGGUUCUCACUGCGCAGCUUGCCCGACUCUACGAUGUGGAUUUGGCUCCUUCAUCAUCUUCAUCCACCACACCAUGUUCCUCAAAAUCCUCGUCCUCUGUUGUCCAGGCCGAACACGCACAACUGCCUGGGAUUCAGUCGUCGCAUCUUGACUCCUUUGUCUUCAGACCAUCUUGCGGGGGAAUGAUGAUGCCGCUCACGGUCAUCUAG